CAUAACUAACAGAUACACAUGGACGUGGUGGUAAGAGAGUCAUUUGCUUAGAUCUAGUUGCUUAUUUAUACUCCAAAGCUACCCUGACACCAUUACCUUGCUCACACUCCUUUCACUACAACCACAUUUUUAGUGAGCUAUGGUUAAUCCUCACAGUUUAGUUUCUCUAUGUCUGUCAUUUCUUCUUCUUACUCUUUUUCUUUAUGCAUCUGAGGUGAGUUCUUCCUCAAAUGCCACUAAAAUUGGUCAAGGCUAUAGCCUUAUCUCCAUUGCAGAGACCCCUGAUGGUGCCCUUGUUGGUUUCCUUCAAGUUAAGCAGAAAACCAAAAUCUAUGGUCCUGAUAUUCCCCUUCUAAGGUUCUAUGCCAAGCAUGAAACAGAGAACCGUUUAAGGGUACACAUUACAGAUGCAAACAAGCAAAGAUGGGAAGUUCCAUACAACCUAAUACCAAGGGAACAACCACCAGCAUUAACACAAACCAUAGGAAAGUUCAAAAAAGCCCCUAUUGAAGUUUCAGAGUAUUCAGGUUCUGAGCUUCUAUUCAGCUACAUUUCCGACCCAUUUAGUUUUUCAGUGAAAAGAAAAUCAAAUGGUGAAACCCUUUUCAACUCUACCUCAAGUUCUUCAGACCCUUUUAGUUCACUUGUUUUCAAAGACCAAUACCUUGAGAUUUCAACAAAAUUACCAAAAGAUGCAUCUUUAUAUGGUUUGGGAGAAAACACACAACCACAUGGGAUUAAAUUAUAUCCAAGUGACCCUUACACUUUGUAUACAACUGAUAUAUCAGCUAUUAAUCUUAAUGCUGAUUUGUAUGGAUCACACCCUAUGUAUAUGGAUCUAAGAAAUAAUGAUGGUAAAGCUUCUGCACAUGCUGUUUUGUUGUUGAAUAGCAAUGGAAUGGAUGUUUUUUAUAAAGGAACUUCUCUUACUUAUAAGGUUAUUGGUGGUGUGUUUGAUUUUUACUUCUUUUCUGGACCUACCCCUUUGAAUGUUGUUGAUCAGUAUACUUCUUUGAUUGGAAGACCAGCUGCUAUGCCUUACUGGGCUUUUGGAUUCCAUCAAUGCAGAUGGGGAUAUCACAAUCUAUCAGUGGUAGAAGAUGUUGUGGAGAAUUACAAAAAGGCUCAAAUCCCACUCGAUGUGAUUUGGAACGACGACGAUCACAUGGACGGACACAAAGACUUCACACUCAAUCCAAACAACUACCCUCGUCCGAAGCUUCUAAACUUCUUGAACAAGAUACACAGCAUUGGCAUGAAAUACAUUGUCAUUAUUGACCCUGGAAUCGCUGUUAACUCUAGUUACGGUGUAUAUCAAAGGGGUUUAGCCAACGAUGUUUUCAUUAAGUACGAAGGUGAACCUUUCUUGGCUCAGGUUUGGCCUGGGGCGGUUAACUUUCCCGAUUUUCUCAAUCCAAACACGGUAUCUUGGUGGGCUGACGAGAUCCGUCGCUUCCACGAACUUGUACCUGUUGAUGGCCUAUGGAUUGACAUGAACGAAGCUUCGAAUUUCUGUUCCGGUAAAUGCGAAAUUCCCAAGGGAAAGCAGUGUCCGACUGGAACAGGACCUGGAUGGAUAUGUUGCUUGGAUUGCAAGAAUAUUACCAAAACAAGAUGGGAUGAUCCUCCUUACAAAAUUAACGCCUCUGGAAUACAAGCUCCGAUUGGAUACAAAACAAUAGCCACUAGUGCAGUUCACUAUAAAGGCAUCUUGGAGUAUGAUGCUCAUAGUAUCUAUGGUUUCUCUCAAUCAGUUGCAACUCACAAGGGUCUUCUCGGUAUCGAAGGUAAAAGGCCUUUCAUUUUGUCGCGAUCCACUUAUGUCGGUUCGGGUAAAUACGCUGCACAUUGGACUGGUGACAAUCAAGGAACAUGGGAGAAUUUGAAGUAUUCAAUAUCCACAAUGCUGAAUUUUGGUAUAUUUGGUGUGCCGAUGGUUGGUUCUGACAUAUGUGGAUUCUAUCCACAACCAACUGAAGAACUAUGCAAUAGAUGGAUUGAAGUUGGAGCUUUCUACCCUUUCUCAAGAGAUCAUGCCAACUACUAUUCCCCUAGACAAGAACUUUAUCAAUGGGAUUCAGUAGCUCAAUCAGCAAGAAAUGCUUUAGGUAUAAGGUAUAAGAUACUUCCAUAUCUUUACACCUUAAACUAUGAAGCUCAUGUUAGUGGAGCACCAAUAGCAAGACCACUUUUCUUCACUUUCCCGAAUUACGCCCAAUGCUACGAUCUCAGCACACAGUUUCUCCUAGGAAACAGUCUCAUGAUAUCUCCGGUGCUCGAGCAAGGAAAAACACAAGUGAAAGCAUUGUUUCCACCCGGUAGCUGGUACAGCUUACUCGAUUGGACGCAAACCAUCACAUCGAAAGAUGGUAUCUACGUUACGCUUGACGCUCCUCUUCAUGUGGUGAAUGUUCAUUUAUAUCAGAACACAAUUCUUCCAAUGCAGCAAGGUGGAUUGAUCUCUAAGGAUGCUAGAACGACGCCUUUCACACUCGUUGUAACGUUCCCGGCUGGCGCAACAGAAGGAGAUGCUAAAGGGACACUUUUCAUUGAUGAGGAUGAAUUGCCGGAAAUCAAGCUUGGAAAUGGAUAUUCAACUUAUGUUGAUCUCCAUGCUAGUAUUGAACAAGGAGGUGUUAAAGUUUGGUCAGAAGUUCAAGAGGGUAAGUAUGCAUUAGACAAAGGUUUGAUAAUUGAUUCAAUUUCUGUGUUGGGAUUGGAUGGUAAAGGAGCAAUUGGUGCAAUUGAGUUAGAUGGAAAGCCACUAAUUGGUGUGUCAGAUGUGAAAGUUACUACAACUGAACAUGAGAACUUGGAUGGUCAAAAUGGAGAAAAUAAAACUGUGAUGGUAGCAUUGAAAGGCUUGAACAUCCCUGUUGGUAAAAACUUUGCUCUGACAUGGAAAAUGGGAUGAUGAUAGAUUUAUUUAGAUUGUGUCAUGUUAGUUUGUUCCUUUUUUCAACUUUAACAUGCCAAGACAAACAAGGCCUUUUUUUUUUAUUAUGAGUUGAAACCUGAAUGUUGGUUUUGGUUUUUUAGGUAGUUAUGAGUUGAAACUUGUUGUUAAUCAAAUCAAGUGAUUUAGAGUUAUGCACUUACAUCCUCCAAUCAUGACUCAAUAAAAACAAACCAGUCUAGUAUUUAAAUCUAGUCACUUUUAAUAAUUAUUGUA